CGGUGCUUCGGCAGCGCGACCAAAGAGUAAACGCAGAGGAAACAAUCUAAUACAAUUAGACUCCCGAUAUAAAAACAAGCACACAUAUAAUACUUAUAUCUGUCUGGUAGUGAACGAAGCUACAAAUUCAGAUAUACGUAGAUAUAAGCAGUUUCGGGUUCGUUGUCUUCACCUGCGUUCAAAUCUCCAGCCAUGCACAGCAGACGCUCGCAGCAGCAGAAGGGUGCAGUCGCCGUCUCCGCCGUAACCGCCACAGCCGCCUCGGCAGCAGCCAUCCUCGUGUUAUCGGCCCUUCAGAUCACCGUCGCAACGGCGACAUCUACCGUCACCGACAAACCGAACAUAAUCGUGAUCGUCGCCGAUGAUAUGGGUUACAAUGAUGUGGGCUUCCAUGGCAGCAACGAAAUACCGACUCCAAAUAUAGACGCCUUGGCUUACAACGGCGUGAUUUUGAACAGUCACUACACGCAGGCCCUUUGCACGCCCUCCAGGGCCGCAUUUCUUACCUCCAAGUAUCCAAUUCAUCUUGGAAUGCAACAUCUGGUGAUAUUGGAACCUGAACCUUGGGGCCUGCCCUUAAACGAAACACUCUUACCCCAACAUUUGAAGAGGAAUGGAUACAGGACACACGCCAUCGGCAAAUGGCAUCUCGGUUUCUUCAAGAAGGAGUACACUCCUACUUACAGGGGUUUCGACAGCCACUACGGCUAUUGGCAAGGACUUCAGGAUUAUUACAAGCAUACCGUCCAAGCCACAUUUACCAAGGAGUACGGAUACGAUAUGAGACGUAACAUGGAUGUGGAUUGGGAUGCGCAGGGUAAAUACUCUACCAAUCUCUUCACCGAGGAGGCCGUCAAAUUGAUUAAGGACCACGACACCAAGGACCCAAUGUUCAUGUACCUCGCACAUCUCGCUCCGCACACCGGCAACGACGAUGAUCCUCUCCAAGCUCCGGACGAAGAGAUCGCCAAGUUCUCGCACAUCGAGGACCCAGAAAGAAGGAUUUACGCCGCUAUGGUUUCGAUGCUGGAUCAGAGUGUGGGCAAGGUCAUGACCGCUCUGCGCGAUAAGCAAAUGCUGCAGAACUCCAUCAUCUUGUUCAUGUCCGACAACGGCGCCAAAACCGACGGCAUUCACGCAAAUCACGGCUCCAACUAUCCGCUCAGAGGCUUGAAGAAUUCCGCAUGGGAGGGCGCCACCAGAAACAUUGCCGCUAUCUGGAGUCCUCUGAUCAAGGACCCGCAGCGCGUCUCCAACGAGCUCAUCCAUAUUUCCGAUUGGCUUCCAACUUUUUACUCGGCUGCCGGAUUGAAUAUUAGCGAGCUUGGCGUAAUCGACGGUAAGGACGUUUGGAAGUCGAUCUCCGAAAACAGUAAAAGCCCGCGCACUGAUCUCGUUUACAACAUCGACGAUGUCUGGAAUUACGGCGCCCUUCGUCAAGGGGAUUGGAAAUACAUGUACGGCUCUACUGUCGGUGGAAGAGAGGAUCAAUGGUACGGUUCGUCGGGCAUCAACUCGAACUAUUACUUCUCACCCGAUGAGAUCUUAAAAUCCCCAACGGCCGUAGCCCUGAACGCUCUCGUGACAUUCCAGCAGAUCGCCGAGAAGAAUGCCAACAAGAGUCCACUCGAUGAUCAUCCACUAGAAUUCACCAUUCAGACACUUUGCGAGUCGAAAAUCAAGCAGCUUCGAUCGGCAGCGACGGUGCGUUGCAACAAACUGCCGGAAGAUCAACUUUCCAGCCACGUCUGUAAUCCUCUGAAAUCGCCGUGCCUGUUCAACUUGAAGGAAGAUCCUUGCGAACGCACCAACCUCGCCACAACAAGACCGCUGAUCGUGAUCAACAUGGAGGAAACGCUGAUGAAGAUCCGCAAAACGAUCGUCGCACCGAUCAACUUGCCCAGAGACCCGAACGCCGAUCCGGACAAAUGGAACGGCACGUGGACUAACUGGCAAGACUUUGAAUAUGUCGAUGUGCACAGACAGAGGGUGCCUCAAGAGGUGCUGUCGCCACUUGCGAUCGGUCUGAUCACAGCAACUUGUUUCGCGUUCCUCAUUGUCAUUGUUCUCCUCCUGAUGAUCUCCUGCAAAUCGGCGCCCAAGAACAAAUUAGCCACGAUUUUCCAAAGUCUGGAGGAUCCCUUGGAUUCGCCCAACGCAGCGAUGACUCAAAGCAAAGAUAAGGAGAUGAUUCAGAUACCGUUCACGCAUAAUCCAAGCUAUAACUGAUUAUGUGGAUAUCAUCGAUCGCUCAUUAAUAAUUAUUUAUAUUUAUGGACAUAAGCUUAUUCCAUUGUUAAAUAAGCCGAAAUGUUCCUGUUCCUCCAACUCUUCAUCGCACGCAUAAUCCGCGUCGCUUGUCGGUCUUCACCUGACACUCUACUUCUGCAUUAUGGUACCGAGGAAUAGAGUGCCUUAGGCGAUGUGCUGCACGGAGCACGCAAAACACAUUCUGUAUUAUAGAAACAUACAUAUACAUUAAUCUCUAAUUAAUUCUAUAU